AUGCCGUCGUCGCGCAACGGCUCGGCCUUCAACGGCUCGAGUCCCACCAUGACGACGUCCUCGACUGCGGACCCUUUCGCCCGCAACCUCCUCUCCUCGUCCAUCUCGUCGCUCUCCUCCUCUACCACCGCCGCUCGCCAUACAUCGCACAUCUCCAAGACGUACCGCCAGGCCUCAACGCUCUUCCUGACCCGCCGCCUGCCCGAAGCCCUCACCACACUCACGCCCCUCAUCGUGCCCCCCGGCGGCGCCGCAGAUGACGGCGAGCCUGCCCCCGUCGCCGCCGCCUCCCGCACCACCCGCAUCAAGGUCUGGAGCCUCUACCUGACCAUCCUCAAUGCCGUUCUUGAGAUGGAGCCCGACGAGGGCAAGGAUGCAUUCGGCAACCAGGAGUGGCGCGCCUUGUGUGCCAAGGUCCGCGAUGGCGAUGUAUGGGAGGAGGUCGUCCGUAACGGAUACCACGGCGUCGAAGGCGACGUCGACUCGGACGUCGUCAUCAACCUGGCCACGCUGCUGCUGGCACACGCUCGUGAUCAGACGCUGAACCAGCGCCGACUCGAGACGUACCUCGCCUCGUCUAACGCGCCCAAUUUCGACCUCGCCGGCAAGCUCGGCGCCUCUGCCACAGCCUCGUCCUCGCCUGGGCCCGGUUCCCGCGCGGGUCAGCGGUACCGGUCGCCGGCCCCAGGCACAAGCGGCGCCAACACGCCGCGCGACCUCAACGCGCGCGUCAAGAUCCUCGAGCUCUACACGCUGCACGUGCUGCUGCGCAACAACGAGUGGGACUAUGCCCGCGAGUUCAUCAGCGUCAGCUCUGUUCUCGAUGACGAGCGCCGCGAGGCCUUCCUCCAGGCCCUCCAGAGCCUUCAGGAGGAGCAGCAGGAGCAGGAGCGCCUUGAGCGCGAGGAGCGCCAGCGCCAGGAGGAUCAGCUGCGCAGGGAGGUCGAGGAAGCCCGGCGUCAGCGCGCCGAGAACGAGGAACGGGAGCGGAAACGCCUCGAGGAGGAGCGCGCCCGCAGGGAGGGCCGGGAGGGCAGCGAGGUCGACUACGGCAUCGAACAGACGCCCAGCUAUGCCGCCGCCAACGGAAGCAGGCCGCGCCGAAAUACCGGCAGCAACAGCAACGGCAACGGCAAUACUGGCACCGGCAGCCGACCCCAGCAGCCACGGCCCGGCCGGACGGGCGGCAAGGCCGUUGCGGCGCCCCCGCAGACCUUUACCGCCCAGGCCGGCAUGAUCUUGUCCCGCCUGCGCGCCGCCAUCAUCGAGCUGGCCACGUCCCUCAACGGCAACCCCGUGCUGCUGACGCGACUGCUGGCCUUUGUCAUCGGCCUCCUCAUCAUGCUAGGCCACAAGGGCAUCCGCCAGCGGAUACAGCGCAUUCUCGGCGCGUCAUGGAGCAAGGUCAAGGCCACGGCCGGCAUGGGCACAAAGGUCAGCUACAUCUAA